AUGUCCACUCCCGUGGAGACUUCAGGACAUGUAGCUGACAAUUCUACGUCCACUGCAGUGAACCCAUUGCAUGGACAGCCUGCACAGUCAAAAGCAAAGAAAAAGAAGAAACCUGGAAAGAAAAAAGCAACUGGAACCACUGAAGUACCUCAAGAAAGAAGUGCGACUGAAGACAGUCAAGAAGGCGAGAACAAUGAGUUGAGCACAGAAGAGCAGUUUCAACGGCAACUGGACUGGUGCAUUGAGCAGCUGGAACUGGGAAUGAGGUUACAGAAAGCCACUCCAAAGCAGAGGGAGGAUGCGUCUCAUGCACUCAAAACACUGCGCAGCUCUAAAGCUCCUCUAGUCAAGAAAAGACAAGUGAUGAGGGCAAUGGCAGGAGAUUACAGGAAAAAAAUGGAAGAGGAGAAGAAGAAACAGUUCAAACUCAUCCAGAGUGAACUUUCGUCCGCUCAGGUCAGAGUAAAGUCAGCGUCACCACAAAAAUCAGUUUUUCAUCGGAGAGCUGAAGUUAAACAGAUGCAUGCCUCCAAGGAGCAAAAUGAAGCUCGGGAUGCAAACUCAAAGACUCCUCCGAAAACGCCUGCCUUUGUGUUUACGACGUCAAAAGAAGAGUUUUGCUUCAACUUUUUAUAA